AUGGCUUCGUCAACAUCAGACAUCCCGUGCAUUCUGCCACGGCUUCCCCAAGAACUAACCAAUGCCAUUUCUCGGUACCUUGAAGGAAGCGACAUCAAGGCCCUGCGUGAAACAUGCUCAGCAAUGGCCAGGGCCGUAUCACUCCAUUUCGACCGUGUAUUCAUAUCCGCAAAUUCCCUCAAUAUCCAAGUCUUUAAAGCGAUCGCAGACCACGAUACUUAUCGCCACCAAGUUUAUGAGAUCAUCUGGGAUGACGCUCGUUUGUCUACUGGGCCGGAGCUCUGGGAAUCCAGGGUAGAAUUGGACGGGAACAAUUGGGGGCUAGAUAUGGCUGUAACUGAGAAUGGAUGUCCGAGGUGGUUUCAGAAAUAUUCCAGUACAUCAGAUGUUGAAUCGUACUACAACUACAACACGCCCGUUGCUGACAAUCAUAUGGGACUCGCAGAGUGCUGGGGCUAUUACAAGCCGUUGUUGGAAGACCAGAAGGAGGUUUUGGCAAGCAAUGCCGAUAUUGAAGCCUUCAAGUAUGGUCUGCAGCGUUUCACGAGCUUAACAAGGAUCACCAUCACGCCGGCGACUCACGGGAGGCUUGGGCAACCACUAUACGGAACUCCUAUGAUCAGGUCGUUUCCUCCCGGAUUCGACUACCCAAUCCCAAAGCAAUGGUCUACCGUCCCAAUGGAUGAUCGCCCCGAUUGGCAUGAUCCCGGAGAAUGGCAUGACGAGCUUCCAUGGCAAUCUGAGGAGGGCGAUGCCCCGUAUCAGUGGUUUUACGGUCCCCACUGUACCAAUGAGAAAUACAAGGAGAAGUGGCGAGGCUACCAGCUCGUCAGCCGAGCCUUGGUAGAGUGUGAGAAUCAGGUCACAGAGCUCAAGAUUGGAGGCCAUGAGAUGAGCUCUGGGUUGAAUUGUCGCAUCUUUGAUCAAUCCUGCACCGAAUACGACCAUCUCUGCACUCUACUGAGCCGCCCUGGGUUCCGAUAUCUCGGUCUCGAUCUAUUCUCGGGUAUGAUCGAGCAUGAAGAUUGGAUAACAUAUGAGAGACGACUGCUCAGAGAUGCUUUAGCUCGCGCUAAAGGAAUGGAACAUAUAUCUAUACGCGCUUCCACACAGAUUGAAAACGGAGUAUGUCUACAGCUCGAUCCAGAAGAACUCCUCGAAAGGCCUCUGUUUCCCCUACGGGCAGUAUUUCCUAUCGAUCACUGGCCGCGACUUCAACACUUCGGUAUCUCAAACUUCCUGGUAGAGCUAGAUGACUUGGUCGACGUUCUGUCCUGUUUGCCAUCUACAUUACGCUGCGUCGAGCUAAUCAACUUGGCAUUUCGAAAUCUGGACCACGGUUACGAGGACCUCAUUCGCCAGAUGCGUGAUAAGCUUGACUGGCGUUCACGGUCCGUGGAAGAGAGACCGAAGGUGCAUAUGAUCUGUUGUGAGGAAGACAACGAUGAGUUCAUUGAGGUAGAUGGUGCGAAGUUCCCCAACCUAAUCACAUUGCGAACGCUGGCACAGCAGCCAUCAGCGCAUUCUGCCUUGGUUGAGAAUGCCAUGAUAGCCGUGACAGCCUCAAACAGCUAUGAUGCUUCUGUAGUAGUCAAAACUUUCUUCGUCAAAGCCGUAAACAUUCCCAUGACCAAGUCUGAGUUCUCUGCGUUCAGGUAA